UUGCUUGGUUUUUGUACCUGUGUACUAGUGUCACUCGUCGCUUCAAAAGGCAUGUGCUGCACCAUCAUCAUAGUCGUCGCCACCACCGCCAUCAUCAUCAUCAUUACAAGCGCGCGCCUCGGUGCAUGCGCCGGUCAGAAGAAGCCUCGGGUUAGCUGCCAGCACCUGCACUUCGGCCAUUUUGCCGUUCACGAUGCCCAAAGACGACAAGACCCCCGAGGUGUCCAAGUCGCGGAGGAGUGGCAGCCGCAAGAAGUCCCGCAGCGACUCGCACCGCAAGGCCGCCGACGAGGCUGAACACACUGCCACCGAGCAGACGCAGGACCGGACGCUGGACAGGUCUAGCCCUGCUCGACACGGUACGCGAAAGGUCAAGCGGGCUGAAGAUAGACCGCAGCAGGAAGUCAAGCCUGUCAUCCAGGCAAACGCGGCCGUCCACCGACCAGCCCCUGUCCCGAAAGAAGCUGUGACGUCAACGAUGAGGCCGCCCGUCGGGUCACGUCCAACAAAAGCCGGAGCACACGAAGAGUCGCGGUCGAAAACCGGAACGAUUGUCACCCAAGGCGGUGUUAUAGCCGCGCCAAGCAAGCCAGCGGUACGAGGCACUUAUUGAAAGAGAUCUUCAAGGAUGUACGCCAAUCCUAGCAACUGAUACAUCAAAGACAGCGAAGCUCUGUGAGGAAUCCCCUUCGGAAGUCGUGGGGCACUGUUCUGCCACUGCCUCAAAUCUACCCAAUACUUUUGCAGAAGCUUCGCUGUAUCCCGUUCAAUUACUUCGGUAUACCCGAGCUUUUUUAUAUAUUUCACUAUGUCCGAGUAUAAUACUUGUUUACUCUAUUGCACCGGGUGUUUCAGCAAACACUUUCAAAAUUUUUAAUGACUACCUGUGGCAGAUAUCACAGUUCUUGUCCCUGAGCUUGUCUACUAAUUACUUGCAGAAAAAAGAAAUGAAAUGCAUGAUCGACUAAUUAUUAAAAAUUACUAAUUAAGUUUAGCUAAUUAACUUAUGGCACAUAUUGCAAUUUGCAAAUUCAAGCCGGAGAGCUUGCUAGGUGGAUCCACUUGGAAGGAAUUCUCGGGAAGGCACCAGUUUCGAGAUGUUAAUUCCCUAACUUUGCGAAGAAAUUUAUUGGCGUUCCAGUUACUUUCGAAUAACUGUGCCAGUUACUUGGAUGUUUAGAUGUUUUUUGAUUAUGGUGUGUCUAAUGUUAUGGCGGCAUUUUCUGAAGGCCUUGCGCCAUUGAUACUGACACAUGAGCUACCGAUCAGUGGUUUUAUUAGGUUUUUAGACCUGGGUGUAUAUGCAUCCUCUGAUAAUAUAUGUUGGUCUUAUGAACCAAGGGGCAACCAACCUGUCCUUCCCUACCAAUCGGCGCAUUAAAAGGUUGUGAAGAGGGCGAUUGUCUGCGCUUGCUUCCUUAACGCACUGCAAAAACCGUGCCAUCACAAAAGUGAAAUGAGCACAACCAGGUGAGCCGCCUGAGGAGCUCCGUGUAGCCCUCGAAGCUGUUGGUAUCAGUUGUAGAAUGUUCACUACAGAAGGUAAAAAGAAGGCGAGCAGAA